AUGGCCGCCGCCAAGACAGCGGUUCUGGGGCCGUUGGUGGGGGCGGUAGACCAAGGUACCAGCUCAACUCGCUUCUUGGUCUUCAACUCCAAAACAGCCGAGCUCGUUUGCAAGCACCAGGUGGAGCUCAAGCAGGAGUUCCCCCGGGAGGGAUGGGUGGAGCAGGACCCCAAGGAGAUCCUGCGGUCGGUCCAUGAGUGCAUCGAGAAAGGGUGCGCCGAGCUGCGGCAGCUGGGCACCGACGUGUCCAGCAUCAAGGCCAUCGGCGUCACCAACCAGAGGGAGACCACCGUGGUGUGGGACAAGGUGACCGGCGAGCCCCUGCACAACGCGGUGCUGUGGCUGGACCUCAGGACGCAGUCCACGGUGGAGCAGCUCCAGCGCAGCGACCCGGCCGGCAGCAAGUCGGUGCGGCAGAGGACGGGCCUGCCGCUGAGCACCUACUUCAGCGCCGUGAAGCUGAGCUGGCUGCUGCGCAACGUGGACGCCGUGCGCAGCGCCGCGCGCCACGGCCGCGCGCUCUUCGGGACGGUGGACUCGUGGCUCAUCUGGAGCCUCACGGGCGGCGCCCAGGGCGGCGUGCACUGCACGGAUGUCACCAACGCCAGCCGCACCAUGCUCUUCAACAUCCACUCCCUGCAGUGGGACCCCGAGCUCUGCGAGUUCUUCGACGUCCCCAUGGACAUGCUGCCCAGCGUGCGCAGCUCCUCCGAGAUCUACGGCCUCAUGAAGACUGGCUCGCUGGAAGGCGUGCCCAUCUCCGGGUGCCUGGGGGACCAGUCUGCGGCUCUGGUCGGGCAGAUGUGCUUCCGGGACGGGCAGGCCAAGAACACCUACGGCACGGGCUGCUUCUUGCUGUGCAACACGGGCGGCAAGUGCGUGUUUUCCGAGCACGGCCUCCUGACCACCGUGGCCUACAAGCUGGGCCGGGACAAGCCCGUGUGCUACGCUCUGGAAGGCUCCGUGGCCAUCACCGGGGCCGUUGUCUGCUGGCUGCGGGACAACCUUGAGAUCAUCAAGGCUCCCGAGGAGAUCGAAAAACUCGCCCGAGAAGCGGGCACUUCCUACGGCUGCUACUUCGUCCCCGCGUUUUCGGGCUUGUAUGCGCCGUACUGGGACCCCAGUGCCCGGGGCGUCAUCUGCGGGCUCACCCAGUUCACCAACAAGUGCCACAUGGCCUUCGCGGCGCUGGAGGCCGUGUGCUUCCAGACCCGGGAGAUCGUGGACGCCAUGAACAGCGACUGCGGGCUCCCGCUGCGACACCUGCAGGUGGACGGGGGCAUGACCGGCAACCGGCUGCUCAUGCAGCUGCAGGCCGACAUCCUGGGCGUGCCCGUGGUGAAGCACGCCGACCCCGAGUCCACCGGCCUGGGCGUGGCCAUGGCGGCCGGCGCCGCCGAGGGCGUCCGCGUGUGGGACCUGGACUCCGUGGACCUGUCCGCCGUCCAGGUGGAGCGCUUCCAGCCGCAGAUCAACGCCGAGGAGAGCGAGACCCGCUUCGCCACGUGGAAGAAAGCCGUGGUGAAGGCGAUGGGCUGGGAGACGGCCGAGCCGCCCGAGGGCCGCCACGCGGGCAUCUUCUGCAGCCUGCCCCUGGGCUUCUUCAUCGUGAGCAGCAUGGUGGUGCUGAUCGGCGCCAGGCACAUCGCGGGGUUCCCGUACUAGCUCGGCUUCUUGCCUGGCCAGGGCAUCCCAGCGGCUGCUCUUCUUGCGUUCACAGUCCAAGACAGACCCGUGAGCUGAAAAUAAAGAGAAGGCAGCAGAAAGAACGCCAGGGAAA